GCUUUUAAGUUCCCACUUCACCCCCACCUUGCUGCAGCAAGCGGCUCAUUCCACUUCCAUCCUUCUCCACAAAUCCCUCCGCCCCUCCUCCUCAUUCCUCAUUCCUCAUUCCUCAUUCCUCAUUCCUCAUUCCUCACUCAUCUCUCAUCAUUCCUCAUUCACGCAAAAAGUUAAUCAUGAACAACACUGGCCACGACCACCACAGCAGCAACAACCACGAACUGUCCUACUCGGACGAGGACGACGACCUCGUCUUCCAGGACAACGAUGACGACGACUUCGAGAUGUCCUACACCAGCACCAGCAACAAUGCCCGCACCCACACUGCCCACAACCAUCCUGUCUUUCGGGGUAAUGAUCCCAGUAUCUCCUUCAGUCUCCACAGCGUCAACGGACACACCUCUGCAUUCCACUAUCCUGGCACCAACACCUACGACAACGCUCUAAGCAACUACAGCAACAACACCGACAACUCCAUUGCCGCACACACCACCUCCUACAUCAGUACCAGCAACAGUACCGCCGCAUAUCCCAAUGUCAACACCAAGAGUGCUGCAACCCCAGACCAGCCCACAGAAAAAGUCCGCAAGAAGCCUGGACGCAAACCUGGCCCGUCCUGUCCUGCGCUGCGCAAGGAGCAGAACAGAGCAGCACAACGUGCCUUCCGGGACAGGAAGGAGCGACAUCUGCACCAACUCGAGAACAUGAUCAAGGAUCUCAAAAACCAGCACUUUCUCGUAGUCAGUGCCUAUCAGCGUGAGGUCCACCAGCUCAAGGCUGCAAUCGAGUCCUUGCAAAGCGAGAAUUUUUAUCUCCGCGAGGUCGUCUUUGCUUUCGAGUCUGCUUUGAGCAAAGGCAACCAUGUUGACAUUCUCAAGGACGUCAAGCAUGAGCUGUUCCGACGCCAUCACGAGAGCCGAGCAGCCUCAGCCUCAGCCAAGGCCUCCUCCCCUGCUCCUUCUACCCCUGCUACAACCGCCACGCCUGCCACUCCUGGCACACCAGGCACUUCUGCCACUCCUGCUGCCGCUCCUACAACCCCGCUCUCGCUCGCCAAUCAUCCGUCCCCAGAUGCAACAACCCCCAUAUUAUCCUCGUCAACGGCGCAAUCCUCAAAUACUCCGGGUCUCCCUACUUCUUUCAGCGAGAAUAGCGGCGGUAGCACUAUGGAGAUGGUAGAGGAUCAUGCCGCACAGGGCGUAGCAGCCGAGGGCCACUCUACAGCUGAGGGCAUUUAUUCCUUGAACGGCGAUAUCCUUUACAAAGCACCGCCGCUCUUCAUACCCGAACACUUGGACGACGGCAAACUAGCAGCACCAACCAUGUCACUCGCACCCCUUUCAGUACCACGGCCAGCCUACCGUCCUCCAGGCACCAACUUGCCCAAGCACACGGAAUACACAAAGCACCCGACAGUGUUUGAUGAGCUGCAGUCCUCGCUCUUCCCGCCAGGCACGUUGGAGUCAUUGCAUAUCAACAUGGCGACACCGCAGGAGGUCGUGAGCGAUGACUCGCUCUUUGCAGAGCCGAUGCAGAUGGAGGACAGAUGUUCUACGACAGGAUCAGGAAACGAGGACGGUCCGUCUCCGUGUUUGAUUGCCUCAGAGCUGGAAGCAUAUAAGGACGAAGAUGACGAGAAUGAGGAGUUUGUUAACAGGGUUGCUAUGACUCUGGGGAUUAGAAGAGAAUCUGUGCCGAAGCAUCGUUUGCAGAAGGAGUUCCGGGUUCUGGCCAAGGCAGCACCACAAUGUGAUCCGGACAUCGACCCUAAAAUCUACCAGCUGCCGCACGAUCGUCGCAUCGACUAUAUUCCAUGCCCGAAACUGCGGGCGCAGAUGAUUGUUCACCAGAACAGAUACAGCGUGGACGAGCUUUUCCAGGUGCUGAUUGACGGGGCGAUCUGCCAUGGCCCGCCCCUGCGCAGGGAUAGCUGGCAACUGCCUGAGGCCUUUUUCGAGCGCUUUGGUUUUUUGCUAGGCCCAGAAUUGGAGCGCAUUCGAAAUAAAACGUGGCCUCCCAAGUUGGCGUAAACCUGUACUUUUCUUUUCCACUUUCUACAUGACCAGUAAUUGUCCUGCUUUUUGCCUGUAUGAUACCAUGUCUCAACAUUCUAUUUACGCCUAAUAAAAAAUGCCAAAAUAACAACAUCCAAACAAAA